UUUGGUUGAGUCCAGGGUUCCAGCAGAACCAAGAUGGCGGAGUGAGUAGCGACGCGCUGAAGUUGACUUUUAACUCCAAACGUUGAGACUUGUUGUGCUACCUUCCUCUGCUCGAACCGCUGCCUGCCGAGAACCGACACUGAUGUUCCCAGCAAUGUUGAGCUGAAGGUCUCUUGACCGUGGAGGGAAAGCCAGUUCAAGUGUCUUUUUCUGGGAUGUCCAGGCUAGGUGGCCUGAGGGGGUUCAGCCCCGAAGCACAGACCACCAGCACAGACACUUCCGCUCCUGAGAGGUUACACAGGCUACAAGCUACUCUACAGGGGGAAACAUCCACACCUAAAGACACCUGCAUAACUGCUUGAAAGAGAGAACUGACCAGGCAGCAAACAGCUGAGGCUAACCUUUGAACCAGAUAUUCAGGACCCAACUGGUCCUCAGACAGAGAUCAACUGUACUGGUGUUAGCUUUUAUUCAACCAACUUCCAUCUCUCCCUCUUGGAUCUCCAAAUAUUUUACAUUCCAUCCAUCAAAUCAUCAUCUGUCCUUCCCUCCUACCAUUUAGUCAUCUGACAGUGUUUUUUGUGCUGCAGAGCUAGAAGUGUAGAGCAGGUAAUGGAUGAUGCUGGCCAUGGUGACCUAGUGUAAAUGGCUCUUCCUCAGCACAGUUUAGUGCCAGUAUCUAUUGCUCGAUCUUCCUCUUCCUCUCACCCUUACUCCACCUCUCUACUCUCUUUGCCUGUUCACGGCUGCUGCUUGCUGCCCAGUCCUGCCUCUCCCCUCCAGCACCAUGGUAGGUGCAGGCUUGGGUGUUUGGAAGCUAAUGCGAGGAGUCCGCCAACUGGAGCUUCACCGCCUCAUCCUGGCACUGAUCAUUUUCUGCUUGCUCUCCAUGGCCUUCCUAGCUUACUAUGUCUCCAACAGCCCCAAAAUAAAGGAGGCCCCACCUUUACCCUUCAGUGACUGUGGUGGAGGAGGAGGGAUGUCACCAGGAGCCAGUACUGGUCCCGCUGGUGGAAGUCCAGGUGUCCAGAGGGCACCGCUUUUUCUUCCCCCGCGCCAAGGAAGACUACGACAGGUGAAGGCGGUGGACAGUUCCAGGACAGAGCCUGUAGUUCUGGUAUUUGUAGAGAGCAUCUACUCCCAGCUCGGCCAGGAGAUUGUAGCCAUAUUAGAAUCUAGCCGCUUCCACUACCGCACAGAGAUUGCUCCUGGUAAAGGUGACAUGCCCACACUGACGGAGCGUAACCGUGGACGCUACACGCUUAUCAUCUAUGAAAAUGUAUUGAAAUAUGUAAAUCUGGAUGUGUGGAACCGUGACUUGCUGGACAAGUACUGUGCUGAGUAUGGAGUAGGUGUCAUUGGCUUCUUCAAAGCUAAUGAAAACUCUCUUCUCAGUGCACAGCUCAAAGGGUUCCCCCUCUUUCUACACUCACACCUGGGACUCAGGGACUACCGCAUCAAUCCCAGUGCCCCGCUACUCUACAUCACCAAGCCCAACCAGGUGGAGCAGGGCUCUUUACCAGGGGAUGACUGGACCAUUUUCCAGUCCAACCACUCUACUUAUGAACCAGUGCUUCUGGCCAGCACCAAGUCCUCAGAGGCACUGUCACAUUUUGGACCCAGCCCCCUGCGGGCUCUCCAUGCAACAGUGGUCCAGGACUUGGGGCUCCAUGACGGCAUUCAAAGAGUUCUCUUCGGGAACAAUCUAAACUAUUGGCUUCACAAGCUGGUGUUUGUAGACGCCAUUGCCUACUUGACAGGGAAGAGACUGUGUUUGUCCUUGGACCGCCACAUCCUAGUGGAUGUGGAUGAUAUUUUUGUUGGCAAGGAGGGAACCCGUAUGAAGGUGUCAGACGUGGAGGCAUUACUCAACACUCAAAACAAACUGAGAGCACUGGUCCCUAAUUUCACUUUCAACUUUGGAUUUUCUGGAAAGUUUUAUCACACAGGUACUGAUGAGGAAGAUCAGGGAGAUGACAUGCUUCUGCAGCACAGGAUGGACUUCUGGUGGUUUCCUCACAUGUGGAGCCACAUGCAGCCUCACCUCUUUCACAAUGUCAGCGUCUUGGCUGAGCAAAUGAGGCUCAACAAGAUCUUUGCUCAGGAGCAUGGUAUCCCGACAGAUAUGGGAUACGCAGUGGCUCCACACCACUCUGGGGUUUACCCAGUUCACAGCCAGCUCUACGAGGCCUGGAAAUCUGUGUGGGGCAUCAAGGUGACCAGCACAGAGGAAUACCCCCAUCUGAGGCCAGCUCGAUACCGCCGUGGCUUCAUCCAUAAUGGGAUCCAGGUUUUGCCCAGGCAGACCUGUGGUCUGUUCACCCAUACAAUCUUCUAUAAUGAAUACCCAGGAGGCUCAAAGGAGCUGGACAAGAGCAUCAGAGGAGGGGAACUCUUCCUCACUGUCCUUCUAAACCCUAUCAGUAUCUUCAUGACCCAUCUGUCUAAUUAUGGCAAUGACCGGCUGGGUCUGUACACCUUUGAGUCUUUGGUGAAGUUUGUCCAGUGUUGGACUAACCUCAGGCUGCAGACAUUGCCCCCCGUCCGUCUUGCUGAAAAAUACUUCCAGAUUUUCCCUGAGGAGAGAGACCCACUCUGGCAGAACCCUUGUCAUGACAAGAGACACAAAGAUAUCUGGUCUAAAGAAAAAACCUGUGACAGACUACCCAAGUUCCUCGUUAUUGGACCACAAAAAACAGGCACUACAGCGCUUCAUUCAUUCCUGAGCCUCCACCCAGCAAUCACCAGUUCCUUUCCCAGCCCCACCACCUUCGAGGAAAUCCAGUUCUUCGGUGGAGCAAACUAUGACAAUGGGAUUGACUGGUACAUGGACUUCUUCCCAUUCCCUUCUAAUGUCAGCACAGAUUACAUGUUUGAAAAAAGUGCCAACUACUUUGACACAGAGGUAGCUCCUAAGAGAGCUGCUGCGCUGCUACCUAGAGCCAAAAUUCUGGCAGUGCUCAUCAACCCAUCUGACAGGGCUUAUUCCUGGUACCAGCACCAGAGGGCCCACCAGGACCCUGCAGCCCUCAACAACACUUUCCAUUUAGUGAUGACGGCAGGCCCCUCGGCUCCCAAGGAUCUGCUGGCCCUUCAGAGACGCUGCCUUAAUCCUGGGGCCUAUGCUCUUCACCUGGAGCGCUGGCUGCAAUACUACCAGCCAAGCCAGUUGCACAUCGUGGACGGAGCUUUGCUGCGGUCCAACCCAGCGCUGGUGAUGGAUGGAAUCCAGAGAUUCCUCGGUGUCACUCCCAUCUUCAACUACACCCAGGCUCUAAUGUAUGAUGACAGCAAAGGUUUCUGGUGUCAGCGGGUGGAAGGAGGUCGAGCAAAAUGUCUGGGGAAGAGUAAAGGCAGGAAGUACCCAGAGAUGAGUCCUGAGUCACGUGCCUUUCUAGCUGAGUACUACCGUGAGCACAACAUGGAGCUGCUGCGUCUGCUGAAUCGGUUGGGCCAACCGCUGCCGUCCUGGCUACGCCAAGAACUCCAGAGCACCAGCUGGAGCUGAGGCCACAAGGUCACAGACAGACACACCACAGAGAAGCGUGGACUGGAGUCUGUGGAUGAGCCAACACUCGGCUCUGGAUUAGACUGGACUACCUAAUCUGAAAUCGACAGCAGCACACGCUAAAAGAGCUACAAGGUUUUAGCUGAUGUUACUGGUGCUCCUGUUCCAUGGCAAAAAGAAAACAACACGAGAUCUUUCUGAAAGAGUUGGUCCCUGUUGGAGAAGGACCCCAGUGGACUCUCCCUCCAGCUCCUGAUUUGUUGCCAACCUCCUACGAGCACCAGGCAGCCGUCAGCCUCCUUUGGUGUGUGUGGGACGAGGAGGGGUGGGGGCUAACACUGCAAACACCAGUUUACAGUGGCUCCAAAAGACUGGGUGCCCAGCAGGUUUGAGGCAUAAAGAACAGAUCAGACCGCCUUAAUGUGAGGAGAGAAACUCACAGGAUGAGACCAUGCAGAUAUGGGGUGUAUGACUGGACACAUGACUAACAUGCACACCCACACAUACACACACACAGAGAGACACACACGUCUCAUCCCUCCACAAGAAUGAUUGUAAAGCAGUCCAUUUUCAAAAGCAAUUGUAUAUGUUGGGUUUGGGGGAUAGGUGGGAAACAGAAUGGCCAGCAGCCUGAAGCAGACAGUACAGACAGACAGUCCAUAUCCUGCCCCAGAGUUCUCUGUUACACACACAUCUACUUGCAGGUAGGGCCAGCAGUCAGGGUGCCGCGUUCCCUUUUAUCCUCACAGGUUUUCAGUCGGUUUACUGUAGGAACAGAUGUUUCAAAAUGGAUUUAGCUAAUAUGACAGGUCAAUGUAAAUAUCAUGUUUAGAUUUGGUACACGACUAAAGCCCAGGGUUGGUCCAGGCUGUGCCCACACUAACAUCCUGUCAGGGAAACAGCUGUCAGUGAGCAUCUUAUUAUACUUAGUUUCUUCACUAACAUAAGGAUGGCUUUUGAAUGAUGACAGACUGUUCUCCACAGUAGCUAAAGUCUCCCUCCAUUCUACAGCUUUAACUUAAGAUCACUUACAUUCUUGUUUUUAACCUACAAACAACAUACUGUCAAGUAAUGGUUCUGUUGUUAUUUGAGUUGAUAGAAAUGUCAAUGUGAUUCUGACUGAAGUUUCCAUACUUCUGGAUCAGAGUGUGAAAGUCCAGGUUUCACGUCAGCUCUUUAUAAUGUAGUGAGUGGUAUUGGUUACAUUAAGUAUCCAGUGUCGAAGUGUCAACAUUUAGCAGUGUUUUGUUCUCUGAUUACAUGGCUCUGGCAGAAGACUCCCUUGAAAUAGCUGCUGAUGCUCAUGGGAACUGUAGUAUUGAGAGUCAUUAUACUGUACAUACCAAGCUGUAGGCCACAGCAAAUUUACAAAAUAAAUUUGUCUAUAAAGACCAGGGUUACCCUUAAGGGGUAUUCUAGUGAUCCAGUAUUGCACUUCUAUAAAGUGGUGCAACUCAGAAGAGACAGAUGGUUAAAAACUGGUCAAAAUGGAAGCAGCAAAGGCUGAGUUAUCCUGACAUUUAGUCACUAGCGUGGGUCAAGCUCCAAAAAAACAAAAGUGCUACAUUGCCCAUAAGGCAACUGGACUGCAUCUUGUCAUUAGACCCUUCCUGCCUAAUCUCCAAGCCACAGUUGAGAUAUCAUCAUGACACCAUCAGAGUUAUUUUCUCAGACAUGACGAUGCUCCCCAAGAACAACAGAAAACAUAAUUCAACUGACACAGAACUAACCAUAACUAGUGCGUUGACUUGGAUAUGUGGGGGAAAGUGUUUUUACCUUUUUAAUAUUGAUAAAUAGUUAAGCAGCUGUUAACACGGAUUCUGACAUGAUGUGAUCAUGAGGCACAGCCUUGGGCCAGAGCUUUUUAAAACCUAGUGUAGGUUGUGCUUUGACUGUGAGAGGGCGAUAAGUACCUCAGUCAGUAAGAGCUACGCCCUUAGUAAGGAAAGAAAACCCCAUCACCUCAUCAUCAGACACCUUCUGAAAAACCAAACAGAAUGCUAAACACAAAUCACCAAUCACACACUCAUGCUCUCCAUCCGAGGACAGUAACCCAGAAAUGUCACAUGACAAGAAAACAGACGUCAGAACCAGUAUGGAGACGAAGCUGCUGUCUUGUUGUUUUCUGUUUGUUUUGUAUACAUGUCAAAAAGGCCAACACUGUAUCAUCUCUAAUAAACACAUAGAGAGGUUGGAA